AUGGAUGAGACUUUAGAGAAAAAAGCAGACGUAGCGCAAGUCUCUGAGAUUGAGAUAACUUCGACCUCGAGCGCGGAUGAGACCUCCUGCUCUCCAGCAUUUGAGAUUGAUACUGAGAAAAUUCUCGAGUUUGUGCUUGACAAAGUUCGAUACGUGUCUACGGAGGAAGCAUUGCAGAUCUUGGUUCACGCUCAAGACUAUCAUGCGGACGAUUACAAUUUCCCCAUUGACACAAUGGACAAGAUUGACAAACUUGUCUCUCUAUCCGCUGGCGGGAAGGAGGGUACUGACGAGUUCUACGACAUUGAGAUGCGAAUCGAAGCAACGUUGAUGAAGUAUUACUCUCCCUAUCCCGAAGUUCGCGCUGUUGUCAGUCCAAUUGAUGAUCCGUCCGCUUAUGUUGAGACUCCGCGUGCGUACUUCAUUGGCCUAUUUUGGUCUGCCGUCGGAUCUUAUAUAUGCGAGCUGUUUCAGCCACGGCAGCCGUCUAUCACGCUGCCUGCGACUGUCCUGCAGCUGCUCGUCUACCCGAGCGGAUUACUUUUAGCUCGCGUACUUCCCAACUGGUCCUGUACAGUCCGGGGCCACAAUAUCUCUCUCAAUCCCGGCCCAUGGACUUACAAAGAACAGAUGUUUACCACAAUCAUGGUGAAUACAGGUGGUCGGUUCUCGAACCUCAUCAACCACGUUCUCAUCAUCAGUCUUCCGGUGUUCUUUGACCAGUCAUGGGGUUUGCAAUUCGGAUUUAUGCUCUUAAUGAACAUCUCAACCGAGUUCUUUGGCUUUGGAAUGGCAGGCGUGCUUCGGCGCUGGGUAGUCUGGAAUCCCAAGGCAGUAUGGCCAACGAUCAUGCCCACAUUGGCAAUCAACAAGGCGCUUAUGCUUCCCGAGUCUAAAAUUGCAAUCAAUGGCUGGACGAUUACUCGCUACCGGCUUUUAUUUCUUUGCAUGGCUGUCUCGUUUGUGUACUUCUUCCUGCCAAACUUUUUGUUCAAAGCGUUGUCGACUUUCAACUGGAUGACCUGGAUCGCGCCACAGAAUAAGAACCUCGCUAUCGUCACUGGAUCGAAACUAGGUCUGGGAUUUAACCCAAUCACUACAUUUGACUGGAACGUCAUCAAUUAUACAUCACCGCUUGUCAAACCGUUCUUUGCUACUCUCAAUCUCUAUGCUGGCGCUCUAGGCAGCGGUCUUCUUAUCUUGGCUUUAUACUACAAGAACUACAAGUAUUCCGCCUACCUACCCAUCAAUUCCGCAAACACAUUUGCAAACGACGGGCACCAAUACAACGUCUCGCGAGUGUCCACUGGUAGCGUUCUCAACCGCGCCAACUAUGAGAAUUACUCUCCACCAUAUCUCUCAAUCGGAAACUUGAUCCGUCAAGGCUCGGCGUUUGCUCAGUACACAUUGUCGUUUGUGUUUGUGUUGUUGACGGAUUGGAAGUUGUUGGUUGAUACUUUUGCGGGGAUAUACCGCGGCCUGUUUCGAAAGCGGGAAAAGUCGCAGGUUAGUGAGUACUCUGAUCCGAUGAACAAGUUGAUCAGUGUAUACGAGGAGGUUCCUGACUGGUGGUAUUUCACCAUCAUCAUUGUAUGCUUUUUGAUGGGCGUGAUUGCAUUUGAGGUCUACCCCGUGAAUGUGCCGGUAUGGAUCAUCCCAACCAUCCUGGCGAUUUCAAUGGCAAUGCUGGUUCCAGGUGCUAUCGUCUACGCUGUCUCAGGGUACCAGUUGGUAUUAAACGACUUUAUGGCCUUACUCGGCGGCUAUCUGAUCCCCGGAAACGGAAUUGGAACGCUCAUGUGUCGCUUUUACGGCUGGAAUAUGGACGUACAGGCGGAGACGUUUGUCUCUGACUUGAAGCUCGGACACUACGCGAAAAUCCCACCCAGAGCGGUGUUCAGAGGACAGAUGGUGGCCACUACCCUUCAUCUUUUUGUCACAAUUGGGAGUAUCAAGACUAUUGUGGCGACAAUGCCGGGUCUCUGCACUUCAGCUCAGGAAAGCAAGUUCACCUGCCCGACCGAGAACGGUAUGUUUACGUCUGCGACCAUGUUUGGAACUAUUGGUCCAGACCGGGUAUUUAACACGCUGUACCCUGGUCUUGUCUACUGCUUUCUUGUGGGAUUUCUUGUUGCAGUCCUGACGUGGUAUGGACGACGUCGGUUCCCCAAUAUCCUGCGCUACGUUCAUCCUCUGAUUAUCAUGGCCGGAUUCUCCGUCUGGGGACAGACAUACAACCUCUCCUACUACACACCAGGUCUAAUCGCCGCCUUCUUUUUUAUGUACAUCAUCAAGCGUCGCUACAUCGCCUGGUGGACAAAGUAUAACUACGUGUUAACCUCCGGCUUAACCGCCGGUACGGCGUUCUCGGCAAUCGUGAUCUUUGGGGCCAUUAACUAUACGCAGACUGAGGUCGUGUGGUGGGGGAACACGGUUAGCUCGGCGGGGGUGGAUGGGACGCAGACCGCACUGCUUGAGGUGCCGGAGGAUGGGUACUUUGGGUUGCCCAUUGGCGAGUUUGCUUGAUUCUUUUUUGUCUGCUGUGUCUUUUAUCUUUUAAUCAAUCUUAUUCCGUAGCUAUUAUUACACGUAAGUCGAGAUUUGUGAGUUUGUAAGCAAUGCACCAAAGAAAUAAGGCUUCAGCCAUCAUCAAAGCGUAGCAAAAC